UGCGAAAUCGAUUUAAUCACAGAAAAAAAAACGAUGGAAGAUUAUAAUAGGGUGUUUAUAUAUGGAGUCUACUGUUAUUCUCCUACCAUGAGUAGAUACGAAAUCGCAGCCAAACGAUCGGAGGGAUAUUACAGUCUCUGAUUUCCAAAUUUCUCCUCUCGUUUUCAGCUCCGUGAUCCGCCUGAAGCUAUACUGAGAUUUAUUUUUCCUUCAUCAAUUUGACACGAAACUUGAAUUCAGGGGAUCUUCGUUGUUUGACUUGAGCUUUUUUUUUAAAUUUUUUUGUUUUUUUUUCGCCCCCGGAAAUACCGAAAGUUUAAUCACCCCCAAGCACUUGGGCCCAAAAUUUCCCGCAGAAAAAAAUAAAUUAGCCGAUCAUUGUCGAGUGAAUUCAUACAAGCUUUUGAUUUUCCAUCAAUUGCUGCAUUUUAUGUCUCAGAGAGCAGCCAGACUUGGCACUUUUAAAGAUGAUGGCAGCUCCACAACAGUAAGUUGAAUUAUGUGUCUCUCCACAUCUUUAUGGGUUCUAGAAUGUGAUGUGAUUUGUUUUCUUAUUGUGUAGCCCUCAUUUGGCGGUGGAUUUUGGGCAAGCAAAGGCCGAGGCUUCGGUACCUGGAAAAGUAAUGACAAUUUUGUCGAUGAAGCUCCCAGACGAAAGGGAUAA